UUGCUCCGUCCCGCCCCGAGAUUCUUCCAGAACCAGCCGGCAGACCCGCGCGGCGAGGUGCACAGCUAGAGGUGCAAACAAUCUAGUUUAAAAUAAUUUUUCAUAGCUGUGCAUUUCAUUGGGGUGGUGAUUAAAAAUGUCCGCACUCGGGACCCUCGCCUUCGAUGAAUAUGGAAGGCCUUUCAUCAUAAUAAAGGACCAGGACAAGAAAUCUCGCUUGACUGGCCUGGAAGCGCUGAAGUCUCACAUAAUGGCAGCAAAAGCAGUCGCAAACACCCUGAAAACAUCACUUGGGCCAAAUGGACUUGACAAGAUGAUGGUGGAUAAGGAUGGAGAGGUGACUGUGACCAAUGAUGGUGCGACGAUCCUCAGCAUGAUGGAUGUGGACCAUCAGAUUGCCAAGCUCAUGGUAGAACUCUCCAAGUCUCAAGAUGAUGAAAUUGGAGAUGGAACUACUGGUGUUGUUGUUUUGGCAGGAGCUCUUCUAGAGCAGGCCGAGCAGCUGUUGGACAGAGGCAUUCACCCCAUCAGGAUCACCGAUGGUUAUGACCAGGCCGCAAAGAUUGCCAUUGAGCAGCUCGACGAAAUUGGUGACAGUUUCCCAGUGGAUCCCAACAACACAGAGCCUCUUAUUCAGACAGCCAUGACCACACUAGGAUCCAAAGUAAUCAACCGGUGCCACAGACAGAUGGCAGAGAUCGCUGUCAAUGCCAUCCUGACAGUGGCUGACAUGGAGAGGAAGGAUGUUGACUUCGAGCUUAUCAAAGUUGAAGGAAAAGUCGGUGGUAAACUAGAGGAUACUCAGCUCAUCAAAGGUGUCAUUGUGGACAAAGAGUUCAGUCACCCUCAGAUGCCCAAGGUACUGAAAGACACAAAAAUCGCCAUCCUCACCUGCCCAUUUGAGCCCCCCAAGCCCAAAACCAAGCAUAAGCUUGAUGUGACCUCAGUGGAGGACUACAAAGCUUUGCAGAAAUAUGAGAAGGAGAAGUUUGAGGAAAUGAUCCGACAGGUCAAGGAGAACGGGGCUAAUCUUGCCAUCUGCCAGUGGGGAUUUGAUGAUGAAGCCAAUCACUUACUUCUGCAGAAUGAGCUUCCUGCGAUCCGCUGGGUCGGUGGACCGGAGAUUGAGCUCAUCGCCAUUGCUACUGGAGGACGUAUCGUGCCCCGAUUCUGCGAGCUGACCCCAGAGAAGUUGGGCACUGCUGGACUGGUGAAGGAAAUCUGCUUUGGGACCACUAAAGACAGAAUGCUGGUUAUUGAGGAAUGCAAGAACUCCAGAGCUGUGACGAUCUUCAUCCGUGGCGGGAACAAAAUGAUUAUUGAAGAGGCUAAGAGAGCUCUCCAUGAUGCUCUGUGCGUCAUCCGUAACCUCGUGAGGGAUAACCGCAUUGUGUACGGUGGCGGUGCAUCAGAGAUCUCCUGUGCUCUUGCAGUCAACCUGGCAGCUGAUAAGUGCCCCUCUCUGGAACAGUAUGCCAUGAGAGCGUUCGCUGAUGCUCUGGAGGUCAUUCCUAUGGCACUAGCCGAGAACAGUGGUUUGAACCCCAUUCAAACAAUGACAGAGGUCAGAGCCCGACAAGUCCAGGAAAACAACCCUGCACUUGGAAUUGAUUGCCUACAUUUAUCAACAAAUGACAUGAAGCAACAGCAUGUGAUUGAGACCCUCAUUGGAAAGAAACAGCAGAUUUCUCUGGCCACUCAAGUAGUCAAGAUGAUUCUGAAGAUUGAUGAUAUCAGGGGCCCCGGCGAGCCUGAAGACUGAGCGUCGUGUAGCUGUGGUGAAAUGAACGGUCUCAAGCACUUCUAAAGGAAUGUGUCAAACCUUCGUACUGUUAUUUAUCAUUUGAUACAGUUCAAUGUAGUAACGAAGUGAUCAUUAAACCUUUGUUUUC